GUCCAUUGGGCUAUCCUCCGGUUCGCUGCCCAAUUGAAACGACGUGGCUUUAGCCUCUCAGCUUUUCAGUUUUCUUCGGUUUUUCCCCAAAGCGUGGUAGAUUCAUACUUUCAUCGUCUCUUUCGCUCUGUCUUUCGUUCUAGGGUUCCAGCGACCACAAUAAGUCUGAAAAGACUUCAGCUCAGCGAUUCGGCGAAUCUGAGAACUAAGGAGAUGGAAUCGUCGCAAAACGCAGCUUCAGGAACUGGCGUGAGUGGUGGAAAUGGUAUUACAAUUCCGCAAAUCAACGCCGCAGCAGCGGCGGCAACUGCAGGGGCAGGUUCGGAAGAUCCGAAGCAAAACCUGAAUCAGGUCAUCAACUCGAUCCAGAAGACGCUGGGACUUCUCCAUCAGCUCUACCUGACAGUCUCCUCCUUCAACGUGGCCUCUCAGCUUCCUCUCCUCCAACGCCUGAAUGCGCUUGUCUCGGAGCUUGAUAACAUGACUAAGUUGUCUGAGAAGUGCAACAUCCAGGUUCCCAUGGAAGUGCUCAACUUAAUUGAUGAGGGGAAGAAUCCUGAUGAAUUCACGAGGGAUGUUUUGAAUAGCUGCAUUGCAAAGAAUCAGAUCACCAAAGGCAAAACGGACUCCUUCAAGGGUUUACGCAGACAUCUCUUGGAGGAACUUGAGCAAGCAUUUCCUGAUGAAGUGGAAUCAUACAGGGAGAUACGUGCGGCUUCUGCUGCUGAGUCAAAACGACUUGCACAAGCACAAAGCGUAUUGCCAAAUGGAGAUUUGAAGGUGAAAACUGAGCUGUAGCUGACCAUGUUGUUGAUGGAUCAGGUUUAUAUAGUCUGCUUAUUGUUGACAAUGUCUAUAGUCAUGUUUUGUAUACAAUGCAAAAUGGUUUACUUUAUACACUGUAGCAGCAUUUGUAGAUGAAUUUCCUUCAACCCUGCUAAUGAGGAAUUGAGAUGUACCCACUUGUGAAUUCUUCACAAUAGUUAAUUUGGAAAUUCUUUUUGAUGGUUCA